UGUAAUUUGCUUUUGAAAAAAUAAGGAUCAUUAAUCAAUUUGAGUGGAGCUAGGAAUUAAAGAGAUAAACUCACACACACACACGCACACACAUAUAUAUAUACACAAAGAAAGUUCAAAUCUCAGCCCAGUUGCGGAAAUAGAGUCUGACUCAUCUACCUGGAAGUGAGAUUGAAAGCGGCUGUGCUAUAGAGUUGUUCAAUAUCAAACGAAUUGAAAAAUCUUGAUCAAUGUCACAACACCAUAUAAGCGAAGUUCCCGUCGAGCAGAGAGAGAUUGGAAUGCUGGCUAAGCAUCGCGAACACAUCAUCGAUCAAAUCGACGAGCUUGUCAAAAGAACCAAAUACUUGGAACUUCUUAACGAGUGUCAGCGUCAUGGUCUGUUGUCACCCGGUAUGUGCCAGAAUAUCAAAGAAUAUACACCUGGUAGGAGAAAUGAGAAUGAGGAGGACUUACUUUUGGAACGGCAUAGACAACUGUUCAAAAAGUUAACCCAACGCGGACCCAGAGCUUAUGAAACUAUAAUUUCUGUGCUGGAAUCCUUGGACUGCAAAGAAGCUGCCAACGUACUCCUUUCUGUGGACUCUGGCAGCUUUGUGUCGUUGCGCGAGGCGAAUAAGUCACGAAGGCCUGGAAUGACCGUUGUGGAUGAGGGAGUGACCACGGAGGGUCUAGUUUUGAGCAAGGUCAGCAAGGAGAGUAAGUACCAGUACCUCAAUCCGAAUGAGCCCCUGGUACCCUACACAAAGCCCGUUCAGAAUUCGAAACGUAUUGUAAAGAAAUCAGACAAAUGUCAUGAGGACGCAGUUACAGGCACAUAUCCGAUGUGUUCUCAGUACAAUCGUGGCGUGUUAUUCAUGGUUAACAUUAUAGAUUUUCCAAAUCCCGGAGUAAUACGUAAUGGUGCCUUUAAAGACGGCGAAGAGCUAAUUCAUUUGUUUCGUGAAAUCGGAUUUACCAUCUUUCCAUAUAUCAAUCUGAAUAAGGAGCAAUACAUGCGCAUAUUGAAGGAACUUACGUCUUCGCAGUAUGUAGAAAACACCGAGUGCUUUGUGAUGGUGCUGAUGACACAUGGUAAUCGUGUGAAUCAGAUAGACAGAGCUGAAUUUCACGACGGCUCCAUAGCUAUGGUGCAGACUGAGAUCAUAGCACAUUUUCAAGCUAGUAACUGUAGAAAAUUGGCAAACAAACCGAAAAUACUGAUGUUUCCAUUUUGUCGAGGCCCUGAACCCGAUAAGGGAGUUGAAACCGAUGGCAGAUCUGCUGCGUCACCGAAACCUACUGCGCAACCGAAACGUAAUAUACCCACAUUGUCGGAUUCAUUGGUCUGCUAUGCCAGUACAGAGGGAUUCGAAACACUUCGGGAUCCCGAUACUGGCAGCUGGUACAUACAGAAAUUCUGUGAUGUUAUGGCUGAAUAUGCACACAACACUUCCUUCGAGGAUAUUUUGAAAAAAACACAGAGUUUGGUCCAAAAUAUGCGCACUGCCACCGGACAUCUGCAGACGGGGAAUUACAAGAAUAUCGGAUUCAAUAAAAAGCUAUAUUUUAAUCCCGGAUUCUACAAGUAGUUGAAGACUGUUAUAUUUGCGUAUUUUUGUACUGCCUAGUAUUGUAAUCUGCAUUUAUAUAUAAAUACUUAUCUGUGCUACAGUAAUUCCAAAUUAGCCCUCGUACAUAAUAAUAUAAUGUAAUGCUCAAUUUCUA